AUGCUUCCUCUCUUGAUCAAGAUGCUUCCUCUCUUCAACAAAGUACUUCCUCUCUUCAUCAAAGAUGCUUCCUCUCUUGAUCAAGGUGCUUCCUCUCUUCAUCAAGAUGCUUCCUCUCUUCAAAGUGCUUCCUCUCUUCUUCAAAGCUUCCUCUCUUCAUCAAAGUGCUUCCUCUCUCUUCAAAGUACUUCCUCUCUUGAUCAAGUGCUUCCUCUCUUCAACAAAUGCUUCCUCUCUUCAUCAAAGUGCUUCCUCUCUUCAACAAAGUGCUUCCUCUCUUCAUCAUGCAGCUUCCUCUCUUGA